AUGGAGAAAAUAUAUGAUCUCUACGGAACAUCAAAUCUUUUAUUGUUUAAUGAAGAGAGUAUUCUAGACUACGAGCCUGGCGGUUAUCAUCCUGUUGUCCUGGGGGAUACUUUGAAAAACGGUCGAUACAAGAUAUACCACAAAUUGGGCCAUGGUGGCUUCUCAACCGUCUGGGUUGCCAGAGAUGCGGUACGUGAGCAAUGGGUGGCGAUUAAAAUUGUGAAGGCGAAAUGGUCAGAUCAGUUUCGAGAGUUGCUUGCCCUUCGAGCGCUAUCUGAGCAUGCGAAGGGCAAUCUCGGCUCGAAAUAUAUUGUUCAACUAGUUGAUGACUUCCGUACUGAAGGUCCUAAUGGCUCGCAUCUUUGUCUCGUGUUGGAAUUGCUGGGGCCUACUAUCAAUAUCACUGUGGACGACUAUCAUCAAGUGGGAGAGCGUCUCGAUGCGGAAAGUAUUGUGAAAAUAUCAACACAGCUAUUGGAAGCUCUGACUUUUCUACAUGAGAAAGGGUUUGCGCACGGAGAUCUUAGCGUUAGAAAUCUUGCCUUUAAUUCUGGUCGACUGUCUCGUUUGUCCGAAAAGGAGCUCUUCGAGAUCCUCGGGCCUUCAGAGUCCGAAGAUGUCACCCGAAUAGACGGCAGAGCCCUUGAAGAAAGUGUCCCACGUCAACUAGUUAAAUCGACAGAAUGGACUGGCUGGCCCGACGAAGACGACGACGAAGAUGAAAAUAUUCGAUUGAUCGAUCUAGGAGAAGCGUUCACCCGAGAAAACAUGCCUGCAAAACUAGCCCAGCCAGAAGGCUUGCAGGCGCCUGAAACCAUUUUCACCGACAAGUUUGAUUCCAGACUUGACUUAUGGCGUGCGGGCUUAAUAAUCUACUAUCUUACCUUUGGAGUCUUGCCAUUUCAAUGGUUCCGAAUUGAUAGCUUAGUCGCGUCAAUGAUCGAUCUUGUGGGAGAGUUGCCCAAAGAAUGGCAACCGAAAUGGAGGCAGUUGAGAGUCGUUUUCAAUGAGAAUGUCGACGACCAAGAAUUACAAGGUCUGCUUCCGGUGAUCAAGGGUUUGAUGGUGUUCUCGCCUGCCGAUCGCAUUUCGGCAUCAGAUGCAUUUGCCUUGAUCAAAUCAUCCUAUGGAGAAAGCUGUGCUGAGUCGUUGAAUCUGAGAUUAACCAAUCCUUAUCGUCGGAACCACAUGUUGGCGUACAUUGUCGAGCGUGUCGCGGCCAAAAAGGAUGCCACCAGCAAUAACCAUCGUGAAGAGAAUACCAGCAUUGUGGUAGAAGAGAUGUGGAGAUAUCAUGGUCUGUUAAUUGUAACGAAGGAAGACUCUUCGCCCGACUUCGACCCUUCAAGAUAUCGAAAAGACUCAUACCCAGCGUUUUAUUAA